AUUAUAGUUGGAGGUGGACAUUCUGGAUGUGAAGCUGUUAAUGCAGCACUUUUUCACAAUGCAGAUACUUUAAUGAUUACUCACUCUAAAGAUACAAUUGGAGUUUUAAGUUGUAAUCCAUCAGUGGGAGGUGUUGGUAAAGGAAUUCUAGUAAAGGAAGUUGAUGCACUUGGUGGUUUAAUGGGAAAAGUUUCAGAUUAUGCAAUGAUUCAUUACAAUGUUUUAAAUUUAAGUAAGGGACCAGCUGUUUAUGGACCUAGAGGUCAAAUGGAUAGAUACAUUUAUAGAAAUACAAUGCAAAAAGUUUUUAAUGAAUAUACAAUGAAACACAAAUUGAAAAUUAUUGAUGGAAGUGUUGAUAAUUUAAUAACUAAAAAUGGUAAAAUUCAAGGAGUAAUUUUAAAAAAUGGUCAAAAAAUUUAUGCCAAAUCAGUAGUUAUUACAACAGGUACAUUUUUGAGAGGAGAAAUUCAUAUUGGAACUCAAGUACGUUUUCCAGGUGGAAGAAUUAGUGAAAUUGGUACAGAAAGAACAUGUGGAAGUUUAGCAGAUACAUUUUACAAUGAAUUUAAAUUUGAAAUGGGAAGAAUGAAAACUGGAACACCACCACGUCUUCACAGAAAUUCAAUUAAUUGGGAUAUUUUAACAGAACAACCAUCAACUAAAUUUAUUGAACCAUUCUCAUUUGAACAUGAUGAAAAUACUUUUUAUGGAACAAGAGUUCCACAUUCACAACCUCACAUGAUGUGUUAUGAAACUGAAACUAAUGAAAAAACACAUGAAAUUAUUAGAAGUAAUACAGAUGAAUUGGCAGAUGAAGUUAGAUUUGGUAAUGGUCCACGUUAUUGUCCAUCCAUUGAAAUUAAAGUGACACGUUUUCCACAGAGAACUUCACAUCGUAUUUGGUUAGAACCUGAAGGACAUAUUACAAAUAAGGAUGAAGCAAAGAAGCUACCAUAUAAUCAUUAUGCUAAUGUCAUUUAUCCAAAUGGUAUUUCAUCAAGUUUACCUCCAGAGAAACAAUUGGAAUUUUUAAAAACAAUGAAAGGAUUGGAUCAAGUUGAAAUGUUACAACCUGGAUAUGCAGUUGCCUAUGAUUUUGUUUCACCUAAAGUUGAAAUUUCACACACAUUACAAACUCACAAAUGUCAAGGUUUAUUCUUAGCAGGUCAAAUUAAUGGUACAACUGGUUAUGAAGAAGCUGCAGCUCAAGGUAUUAUUGCAGGUAUGAAUGCAGCAAUUUACGCAAGAGGUGAUAAUGAACCUUUCAUUUUAGAUCGUUCUGAAGCAUAUAUUGGAGUUUUAAUUGAUGAUUUAGUAACGAGAGGAGUUGAUGAACCAUAUAGAGUAUUCACUUCACGUUCAGAAUAUAGAUUAAUGUUGAGAGCUGAUAAUGCUGAUUUAAGAUUGACU